GAAUCUCAACCGGCCGCUGCUCAUGGAGGCCGGCGGAGGUGGGGAGAAAAGUAGCGGAGCGGACGGAAAGGCUGAGAAAGAAGGGAAGAGGGGAAGACAUUCCAUCUCAAAACCACGCCCUCCAGUUGUAGUUGUACGCCAUGUGAGCCACCACAAUAUUCACCUUAGUUGGGACUUGGAAGAACAACGAAAAGGUCCUCAGGAACAAUGGUUAAAAUUUUCAGUUGAAGAGGAGGAUGUGAAGUUGCAUAAAUAUGGCCUAAUUUAUAUGGGAUAUGCUCAACAGCAUGUGGUGGAAGGUCUUGAACCUAGAACAACCUACAGAUUUCGACUUAAAGUUACAGAUCCUUCAGGGGAGUCUGCUUACAGUGCACCUGUUUGUGUAACCACAACGAGUGAACCAAUGAGUGGAGACCAUCUCCAUCGUGCUGUUAGCAGAAAUGAUGUAGAUCAAGUCCUUACUAUUCUUAAAGGAAGGCAAGUGGUGGUAGAUACACUCAAUAAACUAGGAUUUACAGCGUUGAUGGUUGCUUCACAAAAAGGAUAUACUAGUCUUGCACAGAUUUUGGUAGAAAAUGGAGCAGAUGUGAACCGGAAGAAUGCCAGUGGGAAAGACAGUUUAAUGAUAGCUUGUUAUGCUGGUCACCUGGACAUUGCUAAGUAUCUCAGAUCCCAGGGAGCUUCUUGGUUAUCCAGAGACCUUGGGGGAUGUACAGCUAUGCACUGGGCUGCUGACGGAGGACAUGUCGAUGUUAUUGAGUGGAUGAUCAAGGAUGGUUGUCAGGUUGAUCCUAAAGACACAGGCUUGGAGUGGACUCCGCUGAUGAGACUAUGUGCAAUAACAGGAAAAGCAGAUGUGGCCACAACUUUACUAGACGCUGGAGCUGAUGUGAAUGCAAAAGAUAAGGAUGGCAAGACACCUCUUAUGGUGGCAGCAUUAAAUAACCAUGAAGAAUUGGUAGCAUUACUUCUAGAAAGAGGAGCAGAUCCUGAUGUUAAAAAUGAGUUUGGCAAAGGUGCCCUGGAAAUGGCUAGAGGCAUGAACAGACAGAGUGUGGUUUCAAUAAUAGAAGAAAGAAAAAGACAAUUAAGUAAUCUGAACAUGGAUUCUUCUGCAUCCUCUGCUACAAUUGUGUGAAGCAGACAUUUUGAACCCUAAUUUUACCUUCGAAGGUCAGGCCACAAGGACUAAAUUCUAGUUGUUUUCCUUUUUCCUAAUUAGCUGUUACACACUCUUGGAUGCCUUGAUUAAAAUGCUAACUUUGCUUCUCCAGCA